UGUGAUCGCCUGUCGAAGGCACCACGCGCAGCGUGUGAAGGGAGAGAAACCGGUGGAGAAAGCAACGUCAUUCCUCGCACCAUCAAUUCGACGUAACGCAACAGAAAGAGAGUGGAGUGGAGCGGCGUUGUCCGAGGCAGGUGCUGAAGCUAUAGAGCAGAAAGAUGGCGGACGACCCCAGCGCGGCGGACAGGAACGUGGAGAUAUGGAAAAUCAAGAAGCUGAUCAAAAGUUUAGAAGCUGCCCGUGGCAAUGGCACCAGUAUGAUCUCGUUGAUCAUUCCCCCAAAGGACCAGAUCUCCAGAGUAGCCAAGAUGUUGGCUGAUGAAUUUGGCACUGCUUCAAACAUCAAGAGUCGAGUUAACAGGCUCUCUGUACUUGGGGCCAUCACUUCGGUACAACAAAGACUAAAACUCUACAACAAGGUGCCACCCAAUGGCUUAGUUGUGUAUUGUGGAACAAUUGUAACCGAGGAAGGCAAGGAGAAGAAAGUCAAUAUUGACUUUGAACCUUUUAAACCAAUCAACACAUCUUUGUACCUCUGUGACAACAAGUUCCACACUGAGGCAUUGACAGCCCUGCUCUCUGAUGACAGUAAAUUUGGCUUUAUUGUCAUUGAUGGUAGUGGAGCACUGUUUGGGACACUUCAAGGCAACACCAGGGAGGUGCUGCAUAAGUUCACUGUGGACCUACCCAAGAAGCACGGCAGAGGAGGACAGUCUGCUCUGCGUUUUGCACGUCUAAGAAUGGAAAAGAGACAUAACUACGUGAGAAAAGUUGCAGAGACUGCUGUCCAGCUCUUUGUAUCCAACGACAAAGUAAAUGUGGCAGGAAUGGUUUUGGCUGGCUCUGCUGAUUUUAAGACGGAACUUAGCCAAUCUGACAUGUUUGAUCCAAGGUUACAGGCUAAGGUUUUAAAGCUAGUUGACAUCUCUUAUGGAGGCGAAAAUGGUUUCAACCAGGCCAUCGAGCUUUCUGCAGAAGUUCUUUCGAAUGUCAAGUUUAUUCAGGAGAAGAAGCUCAUAGGGCGGUACUUUGAUGAGAUUAGCCAGGACACGGGCAAGUACUGCUUUGGAGUGGAGGACACACUAAAAGCCCUAGAGAUGGGAGCAGUGGAGAUCCUCAUAGUCUAUGAGAACUUAGACACCAUGCGUUAUGUUCUACGUGUGCAUGGGGCCGAGAGCAAUGGAGCUGAGAACGAUGAGAAAAUUUUGUACUUGACGCCAGAACAGGAGAAAGACAAGUCUCACUUCACAGACAAAGAGACGGGGCAGGAACACGAGCUGAUUGAGAGCAUGCCACUGCUCGAGUGGUUUGCGAACAACUACAAAAAAUUCGGAGCCACUCUGGAAAUUGUAACAGACAAGAGCCAGGAAGGAUCUCAGUUUGUCAAGGGCUUCGGAGGAAUUGGAGGUAUCUUGCGGUACAGGGUGGAUUUCCAGGGCAUGGAGUACCAAGGAGAGGAUGAUGAGUUCUUUGAUUUGGAUGACUACUAGGUAGUCUUGGACUGGUAUUGGGAGAAGAAAAAGGAAUGAAUGAAGAAAUAAUUAAUGAAAAAAAUGCCACCUCUCCUGCAGCAAGUGAGGGGAAACUGUGUUGACCAUAUAUAUAUGACAGACACACCUUCCAAUUUACUUGUUGCAUACACAAACUUGCAAAUACAUCUGUACACUCUUCAAAAUGCAUCACACAGGCUGAAGAGGAAUGAAAUUUUCUUUUAGCCAGAGAGGGAGAAAGCCCUUCCUGAAUAUAUCCCUGCCUUAGAGUGCUGGUUCCUUCCCCUUGUUGGAUUGGACUUGACUCACAUUGGUUCAGUUUUUUUUUUUUUUUUUUUUUUUUUCCUCUUCCCUUCCACUGAACACAACAGCAACUUUCCAGAUUGCUUCUUGCCCCUAACUUGGUCUAAAGAUGGACAUGGACUUACUCCUCAGAUAUAGAAAAUAUAUUUUCGUUUCUGGCCUCAUAAUGUCCCUAAUCUUUUUUUUUUCCCCACCUCUAUGCUUUCUCUCUCUUUUUUUUUUUUCGCAUUGCAUUUCAUUUUUUUACUGGUAACUGCUGCUGUUGUAUUUUAUGAAAGCGGGGGAUUUUUUUUACCUGGGAUUUCUGUAGAGAACGGGGGACAAAGUAUUAAAUUUGAACUGCUGAAAA